CCCACCGAUAUAUAUAUUCCUUUCUCUCUCCUUCUCUCUCCCAGUACACCACAAAAGAACAACCUCUCUCAAAUUCUUGGGAGACUAAAUCCACUUUUUGAUCUCAUGGCAAACACUAGCCAUGGAGGCCAAGACUCAAAAGGGAUCAAGCUCUUUGGAGCAACAAUCACUUUGCAAGGAUUUAGAGAUCAACAGGUCAAGAGUGAAGCCCCAAUUAGCACAAAAACAACAGCAGCAGCAGCAGUGACGACGGCGACGACCACAACAACAACCAGAAAUCAAGAUGCACUGGCAGAGGCAAUGAAGAGGCCAGACAAGAUCAUACCAUGCCCGAGAUGCAAGAGCAUGGAGACCAAGUUUUGCUAUUUCAACAACUACAAUGUCAACCAGCCCAGGCAUUUUUGCAAGGGUUGCCAGAGGUACUGGACCGCCGGCGGGGCCCUGAGGAACGUCCCCGUUGGGGCCGGCCGCCGGAAAACCAAGCCACCGUGCCGGGGAGUCGCCGGGUUCCCGGAGAGUUGCUCUUUCGAAGGGUCAGAGGUAAACCAUCAUCAAUACUACGAUUUGGGCUGUGGGGUGGUGGAGAAUUGGCACCAGUUGAUUCCACAGGGCACUUUCCAACAUGUUGUUAGGGUUAAGAGGAGGAGGAAUGGUGAUCAAAGCUAUUGAUAGUUUCGACGCUUAUCUCAAUCUUCUUCACCUGUUUUCCUACUUUGUUUCAGUGGUAUCAAGAUUUUGAAGAGGGUAUAUAAUCAACAUGACCUCUGUGGUGGUGGGGGUGUAAAUUCUGGAAUGUGGUAGAUGAUGUAUAGGCUGGACUUCAUAUUUUCUAUAAUCUUCCCAAGAAUUUCACCAGCUGGUAGAUAGAUGGAUAAGAAUU